ACAACAAUAAUUUCUGAUUUUGGAAAAACUUGGCAAUUUCAAGCCCGCAGAAUGGGUUCGUUGGCUAGCAGACAACACGCAGGGGUCGAGGAAGUGGACGUGGUGUCAAACCACGCGUACAAGUACCCGCCCAGGCGUUUUUCUGAAGGGAACUACUUCGGGAGCCACUUUAUAAUGGGGGGCGAGCGCUUCGACACCCCCCAGCCCGAGUCUUACCUCUUCGGCGAGAACUCCGAUUUGAAUUUCCUGGGCAGUAGACCAACCCCUUUUCCCUACCCCCCGCCCCAGCCUAAUGAGCCCACAAAAACGCUCAAAAGUCUGGUGAACAUCCGGAAAGAGUCGCUGCGGUUUGUCCGCGCCCCUGCUGAUUAUUCCAAACCGGCGGAAAAGAACGAGCGGGACAUCAGGGAUAUUGAGCUGGGCAAGAGCUCGACGUUUAAUAUCGAGUUCACGUUCGAUUGUGACGUCAGGUGUGCAAUAACAAUCUACUAUUUUUGUACCGAGGAGUUUACACCAAGUGGAGUCACGUACUUGCCGCGUGACCCUAACACGACCUCCGAGACUUUUCAUUACAAACGCGGUGCGAACCAACAGUUUUGCCAAAUGACUCACGUUUUUGAUCCCUCGAAGUACACAGAAGAGGAGUUGUUGUAUGAUGUUGACCGGGAGAUUAUUCCAAUUGCCAUUCACUGUGUGGCGGAGGAAGGCGCUGAGGAAAUGAGACAAUCACACACAACUAUCGCCACAGCCGAAAAAUUGUCCGACGGUACUUAUGUUUUAAAAGCUCUCAAACAGAAAUUAUUCGUUGACGGUCUUUGCUACCUCCUGCAGGAAAUAUACGGCAUUGAGAACAAAAAUAACGACAAGCAAUCCGGCGACGACGAGACUGAAGAUAACGGUUCGGAAUGCGUUAUUUGCAUGUGCGACGUUCGAGACACUCUGAUCCUACCUUGCCGCCACCUGUGUUUGUGUAAUUCAUGCGCUGACUCGCUCCGUUAUCAAGCAAAUAAUUGCCCGAUUUGUCGCGCCCCCUUCCGGGCGCUUUUACAAAUUCGGGCAUUGCAAAAGUGCGCCAACCCGAAUCUGGCUCAAAUCAAUCCACCAGACGGAAGUUGCGAUAAUAUCCCGCCAGGUUACGAGGCAGUUUCGCUGAUUGAGGCCUUGAACGGUCCGUGUAUUCCCCGACAGCCCCCAUCGGCAAUGCCCGACUUGGUCGAGACUCCCGAAAGUGAGCAUGCCAUUCAAGCUGCCCAGAUUUUAAACCGCAGUGCUGAUCGCACGCCACUGAAGAGCAAGGGGUCGGACCCUACGACUCCUGAGUAUGGGGUUUUGAUGACGACUCGUGUGGAGGAGGACACUAAGGAGACCCCCAAAUGUCCCCUCCUUGAGCAGAAAAUUUCAAGUCCGCGUCUGAAGCACCGCAUCCACGAUGCAGUUAAACACGUUAAUGAGAAGUCUGAAAAAGAUGAAAAUGGUGAUGAAGACAGUGAUGCUGAAAAACUGUCUCCUUUGUUGCAAAACAGCGAAAAUCUGAGAAAUGGGAGUUUGGCGUUGAAUAUGGUGGAUGUGGUUGAGCCUAUUGAUGAUACAGACACGGAUCAUGAAGAUAUUGCUUCAAGGCCGGCUUCGGAAAAAACAAAAACAUAUCGGAGCAAUGGUGAAGAGCGAGGAGACGAGUCUGAUUAUUACACUCCUGAAGAGCCAGCCCCGACUCCUGGGCCACUAUACGAGAGUACUGGUGCUACUAGUUCUGUUGAAAGUACUCCGCAAAAAUUACCGGGGACGCCGAUGUCGCAUGCUAGUGCUAGAAGUAGUGGGGAUAGCUAUACUAGCGGGUCAAGCACUAGACAUUUGUUGGCUGUUGUGGCUCAUAAUGGGUUAAAUGAAAGAGCUGUACAUAUUUAAUUAUGUACAUUUUAAUUUUAUUGGUAAUUACGGGCACACAAUUAUUUUAUUUGUAUUAUUUGAGCACGGUUUUACCAGUUUGUGACUUGACAUUAGGUAACGAGAUUCAUUUUUUUAACCAAAAUACUCAUUUGUGAUAAAUUGAGGCAUUUAAACGUCCCAAAUCAAUGGAUUUUAAUGCGGAAAUAUCGAAUUUUUCAUUUAUGUAUAUAUUGUGCAGUUGUACCUACAAUUUAGUCUUAAUUAACUCUACAGGUUUGGAUAAUCAAGUAAUUUAUAUUUUAAAGGUGAUAUUGGUUUUGUAUAUAAUUUGUUAAAAUAUAUGUCUAUCAAAUA